UUUAAAUACAAAAACUUAAUUUUUGAUAAGUCAAAAUAUUUUUUAAUGUAUUAAAAUGAUUUUUAUAACUUCUCUAUCAAAAGUAUAUAAAGACUAAUACCCAUACACAGUUUAAUAUGAUUUUUAUAACUUCUUUAUAAUUGAAAAAAAAUCGACCCCUCAUAUUAGACUAAUACACAGUUUCAUAUGUUAUACACAUUUUCAAUCGAUAAAACUUGUACAAAAAUUUCAUCUUAUAUUAUGUUUACACUAACAUUUAAAAAUAUGAAUUAAUAUAUUUUAGAUGAGCAAUGAACAGUCAACCUCGUGUGCCCGGCCGAACUAUGCGCCCCUAAUCGAAGCAGAGCGCAACAAUGAAAAUUCGGUUUGGGUGACAUCUCACAUGGUCGCUAAGUAACUAUUAACUUUACCUAAUGUCAAAUAAUUUCAUCUAAUGUCAAAUAAUCUAACAAAAACGGAUAUAACAAAAUAUCAUUAAUUUUUUGAAACAAUCAACAAGUGCUAGACCAAAUCAAAAACAUAAUUGGUGGACACUUUCUUAGGAACUGGGCAACCUACAACGAUGUUGACCUCAAGGUCCGUGAACUUUGGUUGAACCUGUUCAAGGUAAAAAAAAUGAAUGUUCCCUGCGUAAUUGUAGUGACUUAAAAUUUGACAAAUUAUAAAUUAAUUUAUUUUUUUAAUAAAGGGCCGGUUUCGAUGGACUGGAGCACAAGGCCCCGAUAUUCUUAGAGUGUAUACCGCUAGAAUUUCAAACUGGCUUCGUCCCACCUUUAGGCGUGCCCGAGCUAGAGGGGUAAGGCCGGGAUGGUGUUCAGAUGAGGUGUGGGAAAACCUCGUCCGCCACUGGUCUUCAGAUCCGAACUUCUUGGCUAGAAGCGAAGCCGGGACGAAAAAUCGGAUGUCCGAGAAGGCAUUACAGACACAAUGGCACGGGGGCCACAAACCUCAGAGUAAACAUAACGAAGCUCUUGCGAGGCCUGAGAAGAAGAGAGUCUCGAUCCUCAAGGUCAUCAAACACUGUUUAACGAAGCACGGCGAUGAGUCAGAAGCCGAUCUGCCACCCCGCCUCGCUGAAAUCGAAACGAAUUAUAACACAACCGUUGAGAAGAAGCAGGCAGAAUUAGGCUUGACUCAGGAGGGUGAGAUCGAUUCUGAUGUGGAAGAUGAUGCGAUUUUGGAGGCAGCUGGGGUGUACAAGGGUCGUCUUCCGUGUAUGGGGGUUGAGGGGCAACAGAUUUUGUAUGACCGCAGCUGCAGCGGAGAUUCAUCUUCUCGAUCAAGGCGGGGAGAGGAUCCGCGCAUCGCCCAAAUGCAGCGAGAAUUGAAGGAGCAAUAGCGGGCAUUGGAGGAGCAACGGAAGAAGGAUGAAGAAACAAGAGCCCGACUGGAAGCGAUGGAACGGAUCUUAAACUCCGGAUAUCAGCCUCAGCUUCAUCCUCGACCGCACAUGGCUAAUAUGGGUUAUCAUUCUAACUCCGGAUAUAAGUCUCCGCCUCCGCCUCCGCCUCAUCCUCGGCCGCACAUGGCUAAUAUGGGCUAUCAUUCUAACUCCGGAUAUGGUAGCAUGCCUACGAUGGGGUCCACAUUCGGAUCUCUAUCGUAUGAUUGCGUGAAUCAAUUUGUGUCAUCCGGAAGAGGCAGUCGAGGAGGCAGCCGAGGAGGUAGCCGAGGAGGCAGUGGAGGAGGCAGCCGUAGUGGAACCCGAGCUGAAGACCCCGAGGAGCCCGAAGAUGAUGAUUAUCUUGUUUAUGAUGAUAAUGAUACAUAUGAUAAUGACGAUCCUAGUUUUUAUCACAAUGGAGUCCGAUGACCGGACAUGUAAUAAUACACAUUUUUAAGUUUUACAUUUCAUAUUACUUUUAUGAUUGCAGUCUGUUAUAACUUUUAUUAACUUUGUUGUAUGUGUAUGAAUUUUGUUUUUUAUUUAAUGUUAUAAUUGCUUAACUUUUUAAAAUAUAAUCUUUUUCUUGAUAAAUUUUUGAAAUAUGUUU